AUGAUAAUUUUUGAUAAAAAUAAAAUAAAUACCUUAAUACCAUUAUGGAAUUAUAAAAUUAAAGAAAAUUGUUAUAAUUAUAUAGAAAGAAAAAUCAUAUUUCCUUCUUUUUCUCAAGCAUGGAAAUUCAUGAAUGAAAUAUCUGAGCAUAAUGAAAAGAUAAAUCAUCAUUGUAAAUAUAUAAAUGAUUAUAAUAAAGUGAAAAUAAAAAUUUACACACACACAUUAAAAGAUAUCACAGAGAAGGAUAUAAAAUUGGCUAAUAUUAUUGAUGAUACCCUGAAGAAUUAUGAUCAUGAAAUAAAAAAAGAAAAAACUAUUAACAAAUAA